CCUGGCCCGCCGCCCGCCGCCACCAACGAACCGCCCGCCCGCCCCUCCUAAAUCCCCUCGCCCACGAUCCGAUUGGCGUAGCUCGCCAGGUUUCCGUUGGCCCCUCCUCCCCGGCCCCCCGCCGCGCCUCCGGCGACCUCCGCCCGCCGCCCGCGCGGCCCGGUCCACGGGGCGGCCCGGCGCGGGCUCCGGCCUGGCCUCUCCCCGCCGUCGCUUUCUUGGGGAUUUAGACACUUCAAUCGACAAGAGCCCUCUGACCGUUGCACAAGAUAGCUGACAAGUUUGCGUAGUCACAAGUUCGCCACCAACAUGGAGAUUAUUGACCUGUGUUCAGAUAGUGAGGACGAUGUUAAACUGUGUUCAAAAGGCAAAGCCAUCACUCAUCUGUGCUCAGAGGACAGAAAAGACAGUCUUGUUCCUAUUGACGGCGCUGACUCCUCUCUUCUUUUACUCAACACGCCGUUUGCCAAGAAUAAUGCAGAACAGCCAAUCACCUUGGAUGAUGAUGAUUGGUUCAGUAGCAAUCCCGCUUCAUGCUCUUAUAGAUCUCCGGCUGGUUCAUCACACAGGAUCUAUCCUCUCUCAAGUUCUUCGCUGAUGCUAUAUGAUUCCUCGUACGGUAAAACCAAGCAGGAAAUUGAUGAUGAUGAUGAUGUCUAUAUGUAUUCGGCUCCGCCUCCAUCAUUUCCAACCAGUCAUCCAAGUUUGAGUGAUGAAGAGGAUCUUACUGCAAGGUUUAAUUAUGCUGAUGGUGGAACUGGGAUGUUUUCAUCUACAUCGUCAAUGGAUUGGAAACUACCUUUUGGUACCAGCCAGAACGUCAAAACUGAUAGCGAUAGCGAUGAUGUCUACACUUAUGAAGGCCUGCAUUCACAGAGGAUGUUUCCUCCAUCAAUGCCUUCCUUUAAUCCAGUUAAUAAUGACCCUGAAGUUUCCAAUGGCUUUGGCACGCAAGGCCAACCAAACGCAGAAAAAAGGCCUCUUGGUUGUGAUGAGAGAGCUAUAUAUGAAGAAGCCCUACAGCAUAUCAGUCAGGAAACAAAGGAAGAAGAUCUGCCUGAAGGUGUUUUGUCCAUAUCACUCCUUAAGCACCAGAGAAUAGCAUUAGCUUGGAUGCUCUCCAAGGAGAAUAGUUCGCAUUGUCCAGGUGGAAUUUUGGCAGAUGAUCAGGGUCUUGGGAAGACAAUAUCAACAAUUGCCCUAAUACAAAAGGAGAGGACUCAACAGUCUAACUUCAUGUCUGCUGAUUCCGACAAUAAAAAUUCUGUGCCAUUAGAUCUUGAUGAUGAUGAUAUAGUGAUGGCAAUGGACAAGAACAAACCCAAGGGUGAACCCUCAGAUAGGCUUGAUCAUGAGCUCUGUGCUAGUUCGUCGGGGAGUGCUUUUAAUAGAAUGGCGAAGACUGUUAAAGUUGAGCCCAAGAAGAAGGGCCGAGUGAAUCUACCAUCCUCUGCAUCAACCUCCAGGUCUGCUACUAGACCAUCUGCAGGAACACUGGUGGUUUGCCCGGCUAGCAUUCUUAAGCAGUGGGCUAGUGAGAUCAAAGCCAAGGUUGCUGAAAGUUCCAGAUUAUCUGUUUUGGUUUAUCAUGGAGGUUCAAGGACUUCAAAACCAACUGAGUUGGCAAAAUAUGAUGUUGUUGUCACCACAUAUACUAUUGUAGGCCAAGAAGUGCCCAAACAAGACUCUGAUGACGAUAUGGAGCCAAAUCACGAUGAAAAGUAUGGGUUAUGUCCAGAUUUUGCUGCUCGUAAAAGAAAACUGACAAAACAGACCAAGAAAAAGGCAAUAAAGAAAAAGAAGGUUAACAGUUCAACCGCUGACCUGGAUGGUGGUCCACUUGCCAGGGUGCGAUGGUUUAGAGUUGUGCUGGAUGAAGCUCAAACAAUAAAAAAUCACCGGACUAAAUCUGCUAGAGCCUGUUGUGGACUGAAAGCAAAAAGGAGAUGGUGCUUAUCGGGUACACCUAUGCAAAAUACAAUUGACGACCUGUACAGUUAUUUCCGCUUUUUAAAAUAUGAGCCAUAUUCUUCAUUUAGUUUGUUCCGCUCGAUGAUAAAGGGUCCAAUAUCUAGAGGCUCAAGUCAGGGGUAUAAGAAACUUCAAACUGUCUUGAAGAUAAUUCUGUUGCGGCGCACAAAAGAAACACUACUUGAUGGAGAACCUAUCAUAAAAGUACCUCCAAAGACAAUUGAGCUGAAGAAAAUAAAUUUCACACAAGAGGAACGGUAUUUCUAUUUGGCUCUUGAAGAAGGUUCUCGGGAAAAGUUCAAGGAAUUUGCUGCUGCUGGAACAAUAAAACAAAACUAUGCAAACAUUCUUGUAUUGCUGCUGCGGCUUCGGCAAGCUUGUGAUCACCCUUAUCUUCUGAAGGAUGACAAUCAAGCAAAUUAUACUGACCGGGCUUCCAUAGAAAUGGCAAAACAACUUCCUAGGGAAAUAGUGAUGAAUUUGCUCGAAAAGCUGGAGGUACGGCGACCAAUUUGUAUGAUAUGUGCGGAGCAGAGAAAGAACUACAUGGACUCUCGCACAGGACCAAAGGAACCACCUGAGAAUGCUGUUAUAACAACAUGCUGCCAUAUUUUCUGCUAUGAAUGUGCACAAGAGAGCUUAAGUGAAGAGGAAGUCUGCCCUGUUUGCAAACAGAAAUUAAGUUCUGAAUUGCUUUUUUCACGCCCAGUAUUAAGGCUCUGUAUCUCUGAUGAGUUGGAGUCAUAUGUAAUAACUAGUUCUGCAGCAGCAGUAGCAGUAGGAGAUAGUUCUGCAGCAUCAGCAUCAGCAUCAUCGGCAGCAGCAGCAGCAGCAGCAGGAGCAGAUAGUUCUGCAGCAGCAUCAGGAGCAGAUAGUUCUGCAGCAGCAGAUGAAUCAUCCUCGAUUUGCGAAGCCAGUUACAUCUCAUCGAAGAUCAAGGCUGCCGUUGACACGCUUAAAUCAAUCUUCAACACACAUGGUCCUACUGAUAGUGAUACUCCUAAGGCAAUAGUCUUCUCCCAGUGGACUGGUAUGCUGAACGUCCUGGAGCUUUCACUGAAUAGCAAUUUCAUAAACUUCAGAAGGCUUGAUGGGUCAAUGUCCCUUGACGAUAGAGAAGAAGCAGUGCAAGAGUUUAAGGCUGACCCAGAGGUAAGAGUGAUGCUCAUGUCACUGAAGGCUGGUAAUCUUGGUCUAAACAUGAUAGCUGCUAGCCAUGUGAUCAUGCUCGAUCCCUGGUGGAACCCUUACGCCGAGGACCAAGCGGUUGAUAGAGCACACAGAAUCGGGCAGACCCGUCCUGUGACUGUCACUCGUUUCACAGUCAAUGGCACGGUUGAAGAUCGCAUCUUAGCUCUGCAGGCGAAAAAGAGGGAGAUGGUGGCAUCUGCAUUUGGCGACGAGAAAACGGGUGGCAUCGCAACUCGGCUCACCGUGGAAGAUCUCGGAUAUCUCUUCAACGUAUAGGGAGCUGAUCGCAGGCCUUUGGUGUCAACAAUCGUGCAAAGCUCUUUUUGCACAGAUUUUUUGGAGCACCUUAGGACUAUUCUGCGGGUCACCGCCAUGUUCUGAUGCCUUGACCAAGUUUUGCAGCGGUGUUAUUGUGGGCCCUGUUGGCUCAUGUAAUUAUCUUACGCCCGUGGGCCUGCUGACGUUAGAAGUCUAUUGUGGGCCUGCUCUUAGGACUAUCUUACGCCCAUGUUCUUAGGACUAUUGUGGGCCUGCUGACGUUAGAAGUCUCGAAUAUCUAGAUAAGAAACCUGUGUCUCUUCCCAUGUGGGCAUGAUAAUUCGUUUGAUUUGGAUGCUCCCAUAUGUACAUACUCUUUCUACCCUAGAAAACAUGAUGUUAUUGGCGUACCUUUAGUCGAACUUGAGAACUAUGAUGAUACACAUAAACUUGUGUCUCGAAACUCCUGAGAUAAUGGUCUGCAGUUUUUAUUGUGGAUCUGUAUUUGUUGGAUCA